AUGCGAUUAAUCCCGAAAUUAGUGCAAUCUAAAGCAGCAGCAGCAGCAGUGGCAGAUUGGCUCCCAGCUAUUAUUAUUCCUGGAUGGGAUAAUGCCUCACGAGAAGAUGCACGAAGCACAUCGUCCGUUGCUGCUGCUGAAUCGAUGAUGAAAUCCGCGAAAGCAUCGCAUGGCUGCACUGCUGCGCAAACACUGCUUGCUCCCGAAGAAGCGUGCAAACGACAACAAUUCACUUCUCGACAGAAAAAAAGUAAUGGAGAAGCAUAA